UCGGAAAACUCAAUAUUUAUAUAAAAUAACAAGUUCUUAUUAACCUUACUUCUAACUCCCGAUCGUUUUAAAUCAAGUUAUUUUGCUUUAUAUUUUAGUUAUUAUAUGGUAACUAUCAUCGUCAUCGCAAAAUUCGCUAGCCGUGACAAUCCAGUCAAUCUGCUCUUGCGUGUGUUGGUGGCGUGGUCUGUGGUGACUUCGUCCGUAUUUUGCGGAAAUUUUGGUAUACGAACACUUGCAGAACUUGCGAUGUACACAAUCGGUGCCGUCGCCGAUCUGAUCGGAAAACAGUGCAUUCCAAGCGAGAAAGCAGGUAAGACUUCUAGCACGUCGAAAAAGCAUGCUAGCGAAGCGAAGGCCCGCAAACCGGUAUACACCGAGUACAGAUUAGACAUCCCCACGCCACCGACUAAAGACCUGCGUGAAUCCGAAAAACCCGACGUUCCGAGCAGCUCCGAAAGGUCACCGGCUAAACGAGCUAAAAGCAAGAAGUUCAAGAAACCCAGAGUCGAGGAGGAACCGAUACGAGAGUUAAGCGAAGACGACUUCGAGCAGGAUUCUUCGGCGCAAAGUGCUGCUGAAGAAGAUGCGAUUCCUCACGAUCCGCCUCCACGAAAAAAACGUAAGAAACAGAAAGCCAGCUCCAGGGUUCCAGAAGAGCCAGAAGACCCCGAGGUUGCCCCUGACGACGUCGCCGAUGCCGAAGCGCCGAAGCCGCAAAAGAACUUCCCGCCGGAAAGUCCAGACAAAGAAGCGAGAACCAUCUUCGUCGGCAAUUUACCGGUCACCGCCUCGGAAAAACCGCUACGGCGUUUCUUCAACCAGUACGGCGCUAUUGAAAGCGUGCGGUUCCGAUCUGUGGCGCCCGCUCGCGCCAGCCUGAGCAAGAAGGUCGCCUACAUCAGCAAGAGCCUCCACAGCAGCAAGCAGAACGUCAACGCUUACGUCGUCUUCAAGCAGAAAGAGUCCGUGGGUAAGGCUUUGGCGGCCAACGGUUCCCUGCUCCUCGGCAACCACAUCAGGGUGGACCGUGUCGGCAAGAAGCCACAAGUCGACGACCGCAAAUCUGUCUUCGUCGGCAACCUGCCCCACGAAGUCCAGGACGAAGAGCUGUGGAACUGCUUUUCGGAGUGCGGACAGGUCACCGGAGUUCGUGUCAUCAGGGACCGGGAGACAGGUAUGGGCAAGGGUUUUGGGUUUGUGACCUUUAGCAAGCUGGAUGCUGCGGCACUUGCGCUCGAGAUGAGCGGCAUCCAUAUGUCUGGUAGGCCCAUCCGGGUCACUCCGGUCUCGAAGCAGCAGGGUGUGGCCAAGAAGGGUCCGCAGCAGACGGCGUACGCCCAGCGGAAGAAAGCCAAGUCCAAGGCUGCACCGGAGGAAGGUGUGGACUUCACGGGUGCCAGGGCGGAGCGCCUGCUCAAGAAGAAGAAGCUGAAGAAAGUGAUCCGUUCUAAGAAGCAGCAGCGGCAGCAGAAGGCAGUAUUUGGGUUUGGUGGUGCAAAGGCGGUGACGUCGCCCAAGAAGGAGAAGAAGAAACGGAAGGCUUUCAAUGUUGCAGACUGAUGGGCGCGAUAGCGGCUGUGUCAUGGUAGGGAUGCAGCAGGAAGUGUUGUAAAUUGGAUGUAUGUAUUAUAAACCGUGACCUUUCACCAA